AUGGGGCUGGGGCGGCUGCCGCCGGGGCUGGUCCUGGCGCUGGUGCUGGCUGCGGGGGCCCAGCCUCAGGAGCAGCGCCCCAGGGAGUCCCACAACCUCAACUGGAACAAGUUCUCAGGGUUCUGGUACAUUCUCGCCAUCGCCUCCGACGCCCGGGGGUUCCUGCCGGGCCGAGACGCGCGGAAGCUGGGGGCGGCGGCGGUGCAGGUGCACGGCGUGGGCCGGCUGCGGGUGGUCCUCGCCUUCCCCCGGUCUCAGGGGUGCCGGUCGCACACGGUCAUCCUGAGGAAGGACGGGAAGAAGGCCGUGUUCAGGAACCCCUUGAAGGGGGUGGCGGGCUUCCGCGUGCUGACCACCGACUACAGCUCCGGCGUGGUGGACCUGCGCCUGGGGCGGGCGGGCCGGGGCGCCAAGGCCCUUCUGCUCUUCAGCAGACAGAACGAGACCACCUUCCCGAGCUGGAGGAAGUUCGUGGACAUUUGUGAGAUCCGGGAGCUCACGAGGGGCGCGACCGUUCUCCCGAAAGACGCCUCCUGUGCGCACACCAUCCUGCCCUGAGCCAGCCGUCCGCUCUUUCCUUCGGCCGCCGUGUG